AUGGCGCGAUCAAGACGAGAUCCUGCUCCCCGGUGGACGGCCGUCUUCUUGCUAUGGACGGCGCUGUGCUGCCUUUUUGUUCCCGCAGUCAUGGUGAAGCAUGAGAACUUUAAGACAUGUGACCAAUCCGGCUUUUGUAGACGCAACCGCCAAUUCGCCGACACCGCCGCCGCCACGAGUUCGUGGAGUUCCCCGUAUACCGUCGACCCCACCACCAUUGCCUUCAAAGACGGGGAGCUACAUGCCACGGUCGUCAAGACGCUGCAAGACGGCGUACAAAAUGUCGAGCUACCACUGACGGUUACGUUCCUCGAUUCUGGAGUUGCGCGCGUCACCCUAGACGAGACGAAGAGGCAGAAGGGUGACAUCACUCUCCGCCAUGACAGCAAGGCGCGGAAGGAGCGAUAUAAUGAGGCUGGGAAAUGGACACUGGUCGGCGGCCUGAAGGUCGCUGACGGCGCGGCACUCAGCGAGAAAGCCGAGCAGGGGUAUACCAAGGUGUUCUACGGUGACGGGAGCAAGCACCAGGCUAUCAUCCGACAUGCGCCGUUUGGCAUCGAGUUCCAGCGGGAUGGAGAGACCCAGGUCAAGUUCAACGAGCGUGGCCUGCUGAACCUGGAGCACUGGCGUUCAAAGAUCGAGAAGCCCGCCGAGGAAAAGAAGGACGGCGAGGAAGAGAAGAAGGAAGAGGAGAAGAAAGAAGAGGCCGCUGGCGAAGAUGAAAGCACGUGGUGGGAUGAGACCUUCGGUGGUAAUACAGAUUCGAAGCCCAGGGGUCCGGAAGCGGUUGCUUUGGAUAUCACCUUCCCGGGCUACGAGCAUGUAUUCGGAAUCCCCGAGCAUGCCACCAGGCUAUCAUUAAAGACUACGAGGGGCGGCGAUGGAGCAUAUUCCGAGCCCUACCGACUAUACAACGCCGACGUCUUCGAGUACGAGAUGGACAGCCCCAUGACGCUCUACGGGGCCAUUCCCUUCAUGCAAGCCCACCGCAAGGGCUCGACCGUCGGUGUCUUUUGGCUGAACGCUGCUGAGACGUGGGUUGAUGUCGUCAAGGCCAAGUCGACCGCGAACCCACUCUCGUUGGGCACAAAAGGUCAUACCGACACCCAAACCCACUGGAUCUCCGAGAGCGGCCUCCUGGAUGUGUUCGUGUUCCUUGGCCCGACUCCUCAGGAUCUUACUCGUCAGUACGGCGAACUGACUGGUUAUACCGCUAUGCCUCAAUCCUUCGCUAUUGCCUACCACCAGUGCCGAUGGAAUUACGUCACCGACGAAGAUGUCAAGGAUGUCGAUCGCAAAUUUGACAAGCACAAGAUCCCAUACGAUGUCAUCUGGCUCGAUAUUGAAUACACGCAGGAGAAGAAGUAUUUCACCUGGGAUCCUCUGACCUUCGUCAACCCUGACACAAUGGGCAAGCAGCUGGACAAAAGCCAGAGGAAGCUCGUUGUCAUCAUCGAUCCCCACAUCAAGAAUACGAACGACUACCCAGUCAUUGACGAGCUGAAGAAGAAGGACCUCGCUGUCAAGAACAAAGAUGGGAACCAAUACGAAGGCUGGUGCUGGCCCGGCAGCUCCAUGUGGAUUGACUGCUUCAACCCCGCUGCUAUUUCCUGGUGGAAGGGUCUCUUCAAGUAUGACAGCUUCAAAGGAACUCUACCCAACACGUUCAUCUGGAACGACAUGAAUGAACCCUCUGUCUUCAACGGACCGGAGACGACCAUGCCCAAGGACAACAUCCACUUUGGUGGCUGGGAACACCGCGACGUGCACAACGUCAACGGCAUGACUUUCCACAACGCAACCUAUCAAGCCAUCUCCGAGCGUAAGAAGGGAGAACUUCGCCGUCCGUUCGUACUAACCCGCUCUUUCUACUCCGGCAGCCAGCGCUCCGCCGCUAUGUGGACUGGCGACAACCUUGCGGAGUGGUCUCAUCUGGAAGCUUCUCUUCCCAUGAUCCUGAAUCAAGGUAUCUCAGGUUUCCCGUUCGCAGGUGCUGAUGUCGGCGGUUUCUUCGGCAACCCAAGCAAAGAGCUGUUGACGCGAUGGUAUCAAGCUGGAAUAUACUACCCCUUUUUCCGCGGCCAUGCCCACAUCGACACGCGUCGUCGCGAGCCGUACGUCCCUGGCGCUCCUUACACCGAAAUUAUCACCCAGGCGCUCAGGCUACGAUACCAGCUCUUGCCCGCUUGGUACACAGCUUUCCGCGAGGCGCACACUACGGGCGCUCCCAUUGUCCGCCCCAACUUCUACGUUCAUCCGGAGGAUGAGCGAGGUUUCGCUAUCGAUGACCAGUUGUAUAUCGGCUCUACCGGCUUGCUUGCGAAGCCAGUCACUAAAGAAGGUGCGACAAGCGUAGACGUGUACCUUGCAGACGAUCAGCCGUACUACGAUUUCUUCGACUACACGCUCUAUCAAGGCUCCGGCACGCAUACCGUCCCUGCGCCGCUCGAAAAGAUACCGCUGCUGAUGCAGGGCGGAAACAUCAUCCCACGCCGCGACCGCCCUCGUCGCUCAAGCGGCCUUAUGAAGUUCGACCCCUUUACCCUCGUCGUCGUGCUCGACAAGGACGGUGCUGCGAAGGGAGAACUCUACAUUGACGAUGGUGAGACGUUCGACUACGAGACCGGCGCUUACAUCCACCGGCGCUUCGCAUUUGACGGCAAACGCAAUGUUUUGACCUCGACCAACGCCGUUCCGGUUGGCGCGAAGGCCACCGCCAAGUUAGAAGCGUACCUGAAGAGCAUGAAUAAGGUCAGAGUUGAGAAGGUCAUCAUUGUUGGCGCGCCGAAGACCUGGAAGGGCAAGACGGAGGCUAUUGUUAUGGAGGAGGGCGCGAAGGAAAGUGCACGCAAGAAGACGAUCGCCAUGGAAUUCCACUCCGGUAGCGGGAAGUCGGCGGACUGGGCUAUUGUGCGCGAUCCUAAGGUGGGUAUCGGAAGGGGGUGGAAGAUUGAUUUCUCGUGA